AUGUCCAAGCGCAGCGAGAACAAACGGGCGGCGGAGCUGAACAAGCGAAUGCAUUCCUUGCUCGGGUAUGGGCAGGCCCAUUGGCGCUCGCUGCCGGCGUCCACCUUCGGCGAGUCGCUGGCCGCUCUCGAGGACUUCAGGAGGGCGUUCGGCGGCAAUGCCGUCGCGAGCCGGUGGAUGGAGCGCAUCAUCGAGUUUGUCAGCCUUUCCAGCGCUGCCGACCCUCCCCGGCAGCGGCGGUUCGCGGGCCCAGCGUCCCCGCGCCCCGUCAGGCUCGCGACGUCGCGACCGCAAGGAGGCCGCGAUGGCCCGAGCCGUCAGCAAUUCUCGCGACGACGCCGUCCGCAGCAUUCCGGCGACGAGUGGCGCUCGACGGAGGCGGCCCGGGGCGGAUCCGAGUGGCGGCAGUCGGUAGAGGAUCGUCCUGCAGAUGCUUCAGCGGGGCCUGUCGGAGAGCGUGAUCCGCUGCGGUCAUCCCGGUCGGCGGCUCCCGCGUCCACCGCCUGCGGAAGGCCCUCGAGAGCGGCGUGGAAACGUCGCGCCGCGAGGCGCCCGCCAAGGGUCCCGCAUCACGCGCUCGCCGCCGACGACCUCGAGGCCAUCAGGGAGAGCGCCUGCGCGUGGGAGGUCGAGGACGACUUUCCCUGCUCCCACCGUCGGCCUCGGCAGUACUCGGUUGAGCCCAACGUCACCUGGACCGAGCUCUAUCGCCGGUACAAGGCCAAUUUGGAUGCCGUCGAGGGCAGCCGGGUCGUGUCGUAUUCGCGCUGGAUCCAGUACGUCCACGUGUUCUACCCCGGGCUCCGCUUGGCACGCACCGCGGACGACGCCUGCGACUGCUGCGCCCGCCUCGACGCCCGGCUCGCGCGCGGGGAUCUCCCGGCGGACGAGCGCGAGCGCCUGCUGCAGGAGAAGAAUUUGCCUCUCGCCGCGGCGGUCGCCCAGCGCCGGACGGUGUCCGCUUUCGUGAGGGAGUACGUCGAGCGGCACGCUCCCGGCCAGGACGUCCCGGCCGCCGUCGUUCCGGACCACUGCGACGACGGCGAGCCCGGCGCCGCCGACUCUGCCCGCGGACCGAGCCGCCCGCCGACCGUUCGGGUUCAGGUUGAGGGCUUUGGCGGGAGCUUCGCCAUGCCGCACUGCGGCCACGUGCGGCCGUCCGCCGAUCGCUUCGACUCGAGCCUGGCGCUGCGGAAUUUCGUGCUGGCGGACGUCACGAGCGGCGUCAACAGCGUGAUCUUCUACGACGAGCGUGGCCAAGGGAAGGACGCGGACGCGCUGUGCAGCCUCCGCUUCGUGCACCACAUGCGGCUGCUCGGCAGGCGCCCGGGCGCGAUGCCCACGACGCUGGUGGCCAUUCUGGACAACCGCGUUGGCCAGGACAAGUCUCAAGUGGCGUUCAUGUUCUUUGCGCUGCUGUCGGUCUUGUUCUACCGCAAAGUCGUUCUGUUGUACCUCCCGCCGGGCCACUCGCACAACCAGGCCGAUAGGGUCGUCGCGUGGUGUCGCAAUGCGAUGAGGGGCAAGAACUUCUACACGCCGUGGGAAGUCGUCGACGCCGUCAACCUGAUCAGCGGCGUCGAGGCGACGUUCUUCGACCAUCGCGAUGCCCAGCGCCCUUUCUACACGGGCUGGGAGAGUCUCCUGAAGAGGCACUUCAGGCCGAUGCCGCCCCGAUACGCGUCCAACUACUUCUUCGAGGUCGAUGAAGGAGCGCUUCGCAUGAGGCACCUGAGCUCGACUCCGGACGACGAGGUCACCUGCGUCCCGCUGGUCGCGCCGGGGAACGUCGACCUGCUUCGGCGAUCCGUUCUGCGGGAUAUUUUUGGCGCCGACGUCGACACGAUCGAGCAGGGGACGCUCGAGUCGGUCCGACUGCCGACUGCCCCCGUCGGCGGCCUGUCGGCCGAGCGGCUGGCCUCGCUGUCCAAGAAGUACUUCUCGAUUCCGCCCGAGCACUUGCCGUACUACCCGGCCGCCCCGGGCGAUGCCGGCCCGCAGAUCGACGGCCGUCCGGUGCCCGAAGGAGGCCCCGGUCGCGCGACGAAGCGAAAGCUCGCCGCCGUUGACGCGACGGUGGGGCCGGCCGCUGAGAUCGGUCCGGCAGCCAAGGCGAAAUGAGAGCAGCUCCACCAAGUCGCUGAUAGCAUCAUCGUCAUCGUCAUUAUCGUCAUCAUCGUCGUAAUCGUCGUCAUCGUCAUCAUCGUCAUCAUCGUCAUCGUCGUCAUCAUCAUCAUCAUCGUCAUCGUCGUCAUCAUCGUCAUCGUCGUCGUCGCCACCACCGUGGGAAUGUAGAGCUGCCAAAAUAAUCUAAACCUAGCCUGUUAACAGGCUGUCAGGGCAAGUGAUAAUUUAUACUGCGGCAGGAGUAGGAAAUCUGAAACGCUGUAAAGCUCUUUGUUUAGAGAUGUUCCAGUAGGAGGCACACGGGGUCGGAACGUUGCAACAACAAUAUCAAGACACAAAACAACACCGAAAGGAGUACAAAGCCAUAGGAAGGGUAAACACAUCACUUUAAAUUUAUUUACACAAUUAAAACGACAACUACUUGUAAAUUUUGGUUUAAAGCUUUCGUGACUGCAGGGAUUAAUAUUCUUGGUUCUGUCGGUAAAGUCACGUAGAAGGGAAACAAUAAAAUAAUAAAAAUAUAAAUCAAUAAAA